UCAACUCUACUCAUCCUCACCUCACCUUACCUCACCUUACCUCAAUUCCCGAUCCAUUCCACAACGUACUACUCCGUACAACUGCGAUUUGAUCGUACAGAUUAGCAAACAACCGCCAUCAUGGGCGCCAAAGCAGGUCUCGCGCUCAAAGUAGUUCAAUGGUUCAUCCGCGGCGUGCAAUUCGGUUGCAGCGCUCUCAUUCUCGCACUCUUCUCGUACUUCCUCGCGGUGCUUGCUAACCGUAAUUUGCCCAUACCAACAUGGACGCGUGCCGUUGAGGGUAUCUCGGGUAUCGGUGUGCUCUAUACCAUUCUCGGGCUUCUGCUUUUAUGUUGUCUGGCCGGUCACCCCUUCACCUCUUUCAUCGCCAUUGUGUUGGAUAUCUGCUUCAUCGGGUCCUACAUCUACGUUGCUAGCGCUACUCGUGGUGGAGCCAGCAGUUGCACCGGCACGGUCGAUACGCUUUUUGGCACCGGUCGUGCUGAGGACUUGAUCGACAAUCAGCACCCUACUUAUAGACAAGUUUGCCAGAUGGAAACUGCUUGUUUGGCCGUCUCGAUUGUAGCAGUUGUCUUCUUCCUCUUCUCUGCGCUUCUCGAGGUUGUCCUCGUCCGCCACCGACGUAAGGAACAGCGUUUUGGCCCUAGUCCCGCCAACAACUACACGUCGGGUUACGGCGGACGCAGAGGCAUAUUCGGACUCUUCCGCCGAAAGAAGACUGUAGAUAGCCCAAACCCUAACAUCUUGCCUGAGCAUACCCACCCAGACCAGAUGCGCCAGAGCUAUAAUACCGAGACUACAGCUGUCGGUCAUGAAAAUGGGGUGCAAAAUGGGGUGCACAAUAACAAAUUUCAGUAUGACGGUCAAGUUGCGUACCCCGAGACCGGCACUGCGACAGCGCACACUACGCCGGCUGGUUACCGUUACUAAGCGUACACCGCUCUUCUAACUGAGAAGUUUGUUCAUGAACAUGAGGGGCAUGAGGGGAAUGGUACCUUUUAAGAGAACGAUACCUAUGUAUGAACUGGGAGUGAUACCCUGCACGGGAUUGACAUAUGGGAUGCUGUCGCUCGCUGCUUUAUAUGAAUCCUGAUGAGAUUGCUAGACAUGGCUGGGAACAUUGUGGCGGAAUCGUAAUGACCGUGUUGAGUUUCUUAAUCGUCUACUAUGACGCAUGUAACGUAAAGACUCUUAGCCACCACCAGCAUUAAUUUUGCUUGGCUGGUAUGAAUAUAAUAGAAUGAAGUUAAAUAAGAAGCAAAGCAUGUUCAUCGUUUGCCGAAUAGACAUAAGUCGAAAAAUGAUAACUAUA